AUGGCCGUGCCAUUCCGACCUUCAGCCAUUGGGGAUCAACAAGUUUUGAUAAUGGAAGGAGACUUAGCUGAUGCUGUGACAGAAGCAAUCGAGCCUGUCCAACAUUUGGAGAAGGAAUGGGAGCCUGCCAAGCUUUGCAAGAGACUUCGUGAUUAUUUCAAGAAGGCGGCAAAGUCGUUAGAAUUCAAAGACAGGUCAUGGAUGGGUUUGGUGAAUGAUUUUGCUGACUCUGCCUUUUCUUCGAUCUUUCAAGCCAUCGGCGAUCGGCGGUGGUUGGAUCAAGUCGAUUUCGUCUUCGUUCUGGAUGCUGGCAUCAAGGAGUUCUUUCCCAGACAUGUGCUUCAAGACGUGCCGCAGACAGAAUUGGAGCGACUGGUCCUGGCGGCGCACGACCGGGCUUUCGAGGAACAAAGAUACCUGCCAAAGCUGUGGGACUUUCUCGACUCGAUGGGCUUGUCUGGCAAGACGCGGAAGAAGGCCUAUGACAGCAUCGAUGAAGGUCGCAAGGUGGCCUUGAAAUACAUGCGAGAUCCGUCGGCCCCCGACGAGGUGAAGGCGUUUGUGUCGCGUUGGGUCGACUCCACGGUCAAGCACCUGCACAGAUUUACUCAAGGCGAGCCUGCAAGCGUCCUGGAUGAGAGCCAGGCGGCCCACGUCUUUGAGCGGCUCCUGAAGGCGAUUGGAGCGCACGAGUCGGCGAGUCGUGAGCUCUGGGAUGCUGUGCCAAGCAAAGCUCCGCUCUCCGCAUCUCGCGAGUUGGCCCGUCACACGCACGUCAGAGUCCACCUGCCAGGUCGCUUCACCGCGCAGAGCCACACAGACACCCAGGAGCAGCUCGUCCUCGAAGGCGUUGAUCAGGACAAGCAUCUCUGGCAUGGCCGGGAGGCAGCCGCGGCCACCGUGCACAAUUAUGCGGCUGACAUGCAGGGUGCCGUACGGGGCACGUUGGGUAUGAUCCAAGGGGUCAUCUUCCCAUGCAUGGGCAAUAUUCUGGGAGUGAUCCUCUUCCUACGUGGGCCCUGGAUAGUUGGCAAGGGAGGCAUUCUCGAAGCUUUUGGCGUGGGCUUGGUUUGUUGCACAUGCACCUUCCUGACAACGCUCAGCCUCUCAGCAAUUGCUACGAAUGGAAAGAUCGCUGGUGGCGGCGCUUACUACUUGAUCUCGCGGUCCCUGGGACCGGCCUUGGGUGCUGGAGUGGGGCUCUGCUUCUACAUGGCCAACUCCAUCGGAGCAGCCAUGUACUUCAUGGGCUGUGUAGAGGCUUGGGAGAUAGCACAACCAGAGUACCAGAUCGGAGAGAUCGGAGACUUGAACAAUGUUCGGUUGACGGGCUACUUGAUCCUAGUCUUCGCGGUAGUCAUCAUCUUUGGUGGAAUCAAGUAUGUCUCACGCUUGGGAACUGUUUUCCUCAUGGUGGUGUUGUUUGUGAUCCUCUGUAUGUACGUGGGCUGCUUGAUGGGCCCAAAUGAGACGCGGCCUGCGACCUUCGCAGUCGACCUGGUCACUGCGGAUGGUUCAACGGUUCAGAAGACGCUCUCCUGGACAGGCCCGUCUGGAACUUCCUUCUCGGACAACUGGGCUUCUGCGUGGGAUGCCCCUCAGGGUGCUUUUCCCAAGGACACCACUCAGUACAGCUUCGUGAACAUGAUGGGUCUCUACUUCCCAUCUGUGACUGGCAUCAUGGCUGGCGCGAAUCGGUCGGCGGACCUCAUGGACCCCACGAGCGCCAUUCCCAAGGGGACUCUCUUCGCGCAGCUCUCCACAUCCUUCAUCUACCUUUCUUUCAUUUUUGUUUUCGGGAGCGUGGCUCCUCGAGAGACCCUUUUGAACGACAAGUUCUUCGCAGCAACCUCGGCUUUCCCUUUCAAGGAGAUUGUCAUCUACGGCGUCAUGGCAUCCAGCUUGGGUGCGGGCUUGAACUCCCUCGUGUCAGGUACCAAGCUUCUCAGCGCCAUCGCAGGUGAUGGCACUCUGCCCAUACUUCGCUUCUUUCGCGCCGCUCCGGGAAAAGAACCGCGACUGGCGCUUUUGGCGAGUGGAGCUCUCUGUGCACUGUCUAUCACCAUUGGUGAGUUGAAUGCCAUCGCUCCGCUGCUGACAAUGUUCUUUCUCAUGCACCUUGACCGAGUGAACAUGUCCUGUACUAUCCUUCACUUCGUCAGUGAUCCGAACUGGCGUCCCACCUUUCGUUACCAUCACUGGUCCAUUUCGCUCAUUGCCGCCGCUCUCUGCGUCUGGAUGAUGUUUGCUAUGGCUGCUGUGAUUGCCAUGGCGGCCAUAAUUUUCUGCGGCCUGAUCCUCGCUUACGCCGCGUACAACUCCGCGAACACGAGGUGGGGCGAUGGCUUCCAGGGCAUGAAAUUCCAGUUGGCGAAGAACAUCCUCAUAAGCAUGGAUGCCAAGCUCCACGCCAAGAACUGGCGUCCUCAGCUGCUGGUUGUCACCGAGCCAAAGAUGAGGCCAUUGAGCUCCCUCGAGGGAUCUGCACUACUCUUCCCGGACCUGGGCAUUUUGAAGAUCGCGUCCCAGCUGAAGAACGGCCGCGGCUUCAUCGUUCUGGGUGGCAUCUGCUGCCCCAAGGGCCCAGAGAAGCUUCUGUCGCAGGGCGGGCUUUUCCUCAGCGAGAAAAUGUCGGACCAAGUGGCAGAGAGCCACUUCGAGGUGAAGGAGCUCCUCAAAAAGUACAUGAUCGAUGGCUUUGGCAAGAUUGUCUACUCGGAGGAUUUCACGACGGCUCUCACGGGCCUGGUGCAGUCGUCGGGGCUUGGAGCUUUCGAGCCCAACUGUGUGCUGGCUUCUUGGCCCAAGGACGCCCUUGAGCCCGGGCGGGCGGGUGUGAACACGCGCAGCAAGCUCGCCGCCUGGCAGAAGAUCUCCGCCAUCUUCCAGAAGGUGAUGAUCCUGACGAAGGGCGAAGAAUGGCCUGAGUUCGAUGCAAGAAUAACUGGAACCAUCGACAUCUGGUGGAUUGUGGGAGAUGGUGGCGUUCUGCUGCUGCUGCCCUGCCUUCUGAAGAAGCACCGGGUCUGGUCUGGCUGCAGGAUUCGCUUAUUCGUUCUGGCUGAUAGGGCCGGCGAUGAUGUUGACCUCAUGCAGCGGGAGCUGGACAUGUAUGUCAGAGACUUCCGGCUCAAUGUGGAAGUGCACAUCAAGGUUGUGGACGAGGUCGUGGAAAGCGGGAUGUCGGCCCGCGUAGCAGCGGAUGCGCAGCGUUUUUUCGUGGAUCAGCCACCCGACGACGUUGUGCCGAGUGAGUAUGAGGAGCUGGAAGCCGGAAUGCGCAAUCGCCGAGAGCAUCCGAAGGCGGAGCAGUAUGAUCAACCCACUCGCGUCACGAGCGGCCAAAGCUUGACGGACACGCUCAAGACGUGGCGUGGCCGACAGUUCCAGCGCGAGCGCUCUUUUGACAGCAGAGUUAGUGGCGGCUCCGGCGGUGAGAACAGCAAGAGCAUCAACUCCCACACCUGGUCUGCAAUGCACGGCCGCAAGCAGUUCCCCGAACGCCUCAGGGAGUGGAAUACCCCGCAGGACAACUUGGCCAUGAACUCCAUGACAGACCCGGGCCCCGGUCCCCAGGCCGUCGGAAAGGCGACGGCGAGGCCAUCGGUCGACCAACUGAACUUCACCGACGAGCGUCAGACCGGUGCCUCUGAUAGGCAGCUUCCAACAAACCCGCACACCAACGCCUUGGUGUCGGACAUCUCCGGGAGAAAGCGCACCCUUUUCCUGCACGAUGCACGUCAGCUGGCUGCCACAUCGCCGUGUUCCCCCGACGAGCUGUCAGCCGUUCCGGCUGCAAGAGGAACGCUUGAAGACGAGCGCCCAUCCUGCUAA